AUGGAUAAGCUUAACGAGCUCACAACAGACUUCACUACGGGCGUGCGGGAAGCUUUCACAACCGAUUUGCGUACGGAGAAGUUGUGCGAGAUGAUGGCGGUCCGAGUCCAAUUCAAAUGGGCAUUUUGA